UGGCGUUGUCCUCCAACGUGUCCUGGUUCCCGAGAGUCUCGGGAGUCUGCAAAGGCAGCAGCAGGAUAUUUUUCGACUAAAGGACUCAGUGUCCAGUGCUCUAGCCGAGGAACCUAAGGGGACCGCCAUCCACACUGCCACCAUGCCCAACUUUUCUGGAAACUGGAAGAUCAUCAAAUCAGAAAACUUCGAGGAUAUGCUCUUAGAGCUGGGGGUGAACAUCAUGUUGAGGAAGAUCGCCGUGGCUGCAGCCUCCAAGCCAGCAGUGGAGAUCAAGCAGGAAGGGGACACAUUCUACAUCAAGACUUCUACUGCUGUGCGCACCACAGAGAUUAACUUCAAGAUCGGGGAGGAGUUUGAGGAGCAGACGGUGGAUGGGAGACCCUGCAAGAGUCUGGUGAAGUGGGAGAGUGAGAACAAAAUGGUCUGUGAGCAGAGGCUUCUGAAAGGAGAUGGCCCCAAGACCUCCUGGACCAGAGAACUGACCAAUGAUGGAGAGCUGAUCCUGACCAUGACGGCAAACGACGUUGUGUGCACCAGGGUUUACGUCCGAGAGUGAGCAGCCAUGGCCCAAGAACCACCUGAAGCCUACCCACCCACCCACCGCUUCACAGACUCAUAGAAACCACCCUCCCUUGCACCCCCCUCUUGUAGGUUAGCUUUCCCUUUACCCCCUCACUCCUGCGGGCUGCCGCUGGGAUCCCUCUUGUAGGGACUUUUGUUUUUUGACCACUGCCCCCUCCUCUUUUGCCACCUGGAGAGGGGCAGAUUGCAAGAGCCCAGACCCCACCCCUUCCGCCAUCACUCCCCUCCUCCAAGCCUGAAUCUAGCUCCACACCAGCCUAGAGUGGGGGACUCUUCUUUCCUCCAAGGAGGUGCUGAGUAAGGAAGAUUGUCUUUAAUUUCUACUCUUUGGCCCUGUAGCCUCCACGAUUUAGAAUAUUUAUUUGUUAAUUUUAUUAAAAUGUUA